GAUGGCUCGCUUUGGGGAGGCGACCAGAACCGGAGCCGGCAAGGACCUCCUGCUCCUGCGGGAGGGACCCCAGGAGCCUUCAAGCAAACCAAAGCGCAGAGAGCCCGGACUAUGGCUCUGUACAACCCCAUCCCCGUCCGGCAGAACUGCUUCACUGUCAACAGAUCGCUCUUUCUCUUUGGGGAAGAGAACAUAGUCAGGAAAUACGCCAAGAAGCUCAUCGACUGGCCUCCCUUUGAAUACAUGAUCCUGGCGACCAUCAUUGCCAACUGCAUCGUGCUGGCCCUUGAGCAGCACCUCCCCGAGGAUGACAAGACGCCCAUGUCACGAAGAUUAGAGAAGACAGAGCCCUACUUCAUUGGGAUUUUCUGCUUCGAGGCUGGGAUUAAGAUCGUGGCUCUGGGGUUUGUUUUCCACAAGGGCUCGUACCUGCGCAACGGCUGGAACGUCAUGGACUUCAUCGUGGUCCUCAGCGGCAUCCUUGCCACCGCUGGGACACACUUCAACACCCACGUGGACCUGAGGACACUGCGGGCCGUGCGUGUGCUCAGACCUCUGAAGCUCGUCUCGGGCAUUCCUAGCCUGCAGAUUGUGCUGAAAUCCAUCAUGAAGGCCAUGGUGCCUCUCCUUCAGAUCGGCUUGCUGCUCUUUUUUGCUAUCCUCAUGUUUGCUAUCAUCGGCCUGGAGUUUUACAGCGGGAAGCUGCACCGAGCCUGCUACACAAACAAUUCAGGUGAACUAGAAGAGCUGGAUCCCCCCCAUCCAUGCGGGGUGCAGGGUUGCCCCCCAGGCUAUGAAUGCCGGGAGUGGAUCGGUCCCAAUGACGGGAUCACACAGUUCGACAACAUCCUCUUUGCUGUGUUGACCGUCUUCCAGUGCAUCACCAUGGAAGGGUGGACCACAGUCCUGUACAAUACCAAUGAUGCCUUAGGAGCCACCUGGAACUGGCUGUACUUCAUCCCCCUCAUCAUCAUUGGAUCCUUCUUUGUCCUCAACCUUGUCCUGGGAGUGCUGUCGGGGGAGUUUGCCAAAGAGCGUGAGCGAGUGGAGAACCGCCGAGCCUUCAUGAAGCUGCGGCGCCAGCAGCAGAUCGAGCGGGAGCUCAAUGGCUACCGGGCCUGGAUAGACAAAGCGGAGGAAGUCAUGCUGGCUGAAGAGAACAAAAAUUCUGGGACCUCAGCCUUAGAAGUGCUCAGGCGAGCCACCAUCAAAAGGAACCGGACGGAUGCCAUGAACCGCGACUCGAGUGAUGAGCACUGCGUCGAUAUCUCCUCCGUGGGUAACCCCUUGAGUCACUCUGGCCUCAAAGGUGCCAGAGUGGACGGUGCCUCCUACUUACGGCACAAGGAGCGACUCCUGCGCAUCUCCGUUCGCCACAUGGUGAAAUCCCAGGUCUUCUACUGGAUCGUCUUGAGCCUGGUGGCUCUCAACACUGCCUGUGUGGCUAUUGUCCAUCACAACCAGCCAGCUUGGCUUACCCACUUCCUCUACUAUGCAGAGUUCCUGUUUCUUGGACUCUUCCUCCUGGAGAUGUCCUUAAAGAUGUAUGGGAUGGGGCCACGCCUUUACUUCCAUUCUUCCUUCAACUGUUUUGACUGUGGGGUCACAGUGGGAAGCAUCUUUGAAGUGGUUUGGGCUAUCUUCAGACCAGGAACCUCUUUUGGGAUCAGCGUCCUACGAGCCCUCCGUCUCCUGCGAAUAUUUAAAAUAACUAAGUACUGGGCAUCCCUGAGGAAUUUGGUGGUCUCGCUGAUGAGCUCCAUGAAGUCUAUUAUCAGCCUGCUCUUCCUCCUCUUCCUCUUCAUUGUAGUCUUCGCCCUGCUGGGAAUGCAGCUGUUUGGAGGCAGGUUUAACUUCAUUGAUGGGACACCAUCAGCCAACUUCGAUACUUUCCCUGCAGCCAUCAUGACGGUGUUCCAGAUCCUGACAGGUGAGGACUGGAAUGAGGUGAUGUACAAUGGCAUCCGUUCCCAGGGAGGUGUUCGCUCAGGCAUGUGGUCCUCCAUCUAUUUCAUCAUCCUCACCUUGUUUGGAAACUGUAUCCACCUGCUGCUCACAGAUACUCUGCUGAAUGUGUUCUUGGCCAUUGCGGUGGACAACCUGGCCAAUGCUCAGGAGCUCACCAAGGAUGAGCAGGAGGAAGAGGAGGCCUUUAACCAGAAGCACGCCCUUCAGAAAGCCAAAGAAGUCAGCCCCAUGUCUGCCCCAAACAUGCCUGCUAUCGAUGUCAUAUGGUCUAAAUCACAUAAAACUUUCAAAGUCAACAUUGGAACGAGGCGUUUUGAUUUGUUUCCCAAAACGGCAAUUCUGGGAUUCUGUGAAGAGAACGGACAGAUAGAGGAAGAGGAGGAGAUGGACUGUAUUAGGGCACUAAAGGAUUUGCCCAUGCUGCACAUCCCUGAUGGAGUUCUUUAG